UCACGAGUUUUAUUAUGCUGAAAAACUUAAGAAAAGUAAUACAAAAAAGGGUAUACGAUGUCUUAUCACACAAAUAUGGAAUUUUUAUGGUUAUUGCGGCCGCUGUCAUUCUGAUUGUUGCAGCUCUUCAUUUUGGAGAGACUGUUCUAGAGUGGAGCCAUGAAAAAUAUGCUGCGGUUUUCAACUCCUACAGUGAUAACAUUGCUGGCAGGUCAUAUCGCACCAGGCUGUGUACACCACUGCCCAUUGACGUUGUGUACACCUGGGUAAAUGGUACGGACCCUAGACUCCUCAGUGAAUUAAGGGCAUUCAAAAUGGGCAUGGAGAAAGAACUGAACAUCACCAAGUCUGGUGUUACAGAUAAGGAUGAGAAGUGUGUAUUCACAAACUGUCUGGCCACGAGCCUGUUGGUUUUGGACCCGGUCAUACCCGAGGGAACCACUCUGGAAGAUCUGAGCAGAAUUAGGUCGGAGUUCUCAGAGGCCACACGGACAUUCACUGUCCAAUCCAGCACCACCUCCAGCAUCAACUACACUGUGGUGGAGUUCCCACACAAACAGCAAGUUCUCUCCCUGAGAAAUCAGACACUUUUCAUUGGAAAGCAAAAUUUCUCCAUGGCCCAGGGAUUUUUUACCAGCGAUUGGACGGUACACAGCAGCAUCCUCCUAUCUGACACAAUCAUCAUGGCUGGGUUCCCCUCCAAAUACUCCGAACACGAACUCAAAGAAAAACUGCCAGAAAAUACCAGGGAGGGCAUUGAGAAGAUCACCUAUGAUACAGAAUCUGGGCUGGCUGUUUUAUACGUACCAAACAAGAAGGCCUUUGAUACUCUAGUUACAGUCCGGAACAUUUCCAUUGAUGGUAAACAGCCCACGCUGAACGCUGCCAACCUGGUGUGGGACCUCAGGGAUUUUAGCCGAGAUGAGGAUAUCUCGAGCAGUAGAUUUGAAGACAAUGAUGAGCUGAGAUAUUCCUUGAGAUCGGUGGAGAAGUUUGCCCCCUGGGUGAGACAUGUCUUUAUUGUGACCAACGGACAGAUUCCUCAUUGGUUAGAUUUGGAAAACCCCAGGGUUUCUAUUGUGACUCAUGAGGAAAUUUUCCCAAACAAGACCCACCUUCCGACUUUCAGUUCUCCGGCCAUAGAGGCCAACAUCCAUCGGAUCCCAGGACUGUCCAAGAAGUUCAUUUAUAUGAACGAUGACGUUAUGUUUGGUAGGGAGGUGUGGCCCGAGGAUUUCUACACCCAGGCCACGGGGCAGCGGGUCUACCUGACGUGGCCCGUACCCAGCUGUCAGGAAGGCUGUCCAUCCACCUGGAUCAAUGACGGAUACUGUGACAAGGCGUGUAACAACUCGGAGUGCGAGUACGACGGCGGCGACUGUACAGGUGAAGCUGCCCAGUCUGGUGGGGGUGGGGCUCAGUGGCCAGGGUAUGGGUACAACUCAGAGAGUGAAGUCAAGUACUGUAACAAAGGCUGUGCCACCUCCUGGCUGGCUGACCGAUACUGUGACACUUCUUGCAAUGUACACAACUGUGGAUAUGACGUUGGAGAUUGUGGAGUGAAUAAUUACAGAGAUCUGUAUGAGAUCAAGAUAUACAGGAACUCUACCUACUAUAAAGUCCCACCAGGGGAGACAAUUGUCUUUCUAAACCUGACAGACUUGACUGGUUCUGAGGGUUCCAUAUCAUCUGCGACCCACAACAAGUCAGAGGUUGUCCGUCUGGCAUCAGUGGCUAACAAGUUCAAGGUCAUCACGGUCCUCCUGUACGCCGACCACAACCAAACAGCCGUUUAUUUCCAGUUAAAAGGUCACACUGGUAACGACAGUAACUCAUUCAACUACAGCUUCACCCUACUGACAGACACGAAACAGAAGCCAUCUAAGCUUUCCCUAAGGGUUAGCAAUACCACACAGAGUAAUGUGACCACCACAGAGAAACCCUACAUCUACGACAUCCCAAAACACAAGAGAGGUCCCCAAAAACCAGCCAAAGUAUACAAGUAUCCCACAAUGCCUCAAUCUGUCAACCUUAGUUCAGAGACUUUACCCGAGGAAUUCAAGGAAGAAUUAAAAUCAAUUCAACAGCAGUUUGAAAGUGGGGAAUUAACUGAAAAAGGGUUCCACAUCAAACAAGCUUCCUUGUGGGACAGGUACCAAAAAUACCUCCAAGAAAAUCGUCAGGAGGUGUUCCAGGGGCGGAGCCUGCUGUCUGUCAUCAGGAUGCAGAAUCAGCCAAUCAGAAAGGAGAACACUCUCAGUCUGGUAGACGUUGACCUUGACAAUGUCAUCAGGGCAGGGAGUGAGCCAGAGAGGAAUCUCCCCUGGGAACGACUUGGCGUAUUCAAGAAAUUAAAAGAGGAAAAAGAAAAUCAGCAGACCAAGGAAGAGUACACUAUGUCAGAGUUCAGAGGUCGUCAGCUCCUUGACACAUUUGGAGACUCCUUGCGCCACGUUAACCGGCUGUAUAACAAGGCAUUCGGAUACACAGCUCGGAAGGUCCCUGGUCACAUGCCACACAUGGUCGACAAGGACAUCAUGAAUGAACUUCAUGAGAGGUUUCCUGCCGAGUUUGAGGUGACUUCAUCAAACAAGAUACGCAGCAGAAACGACAUGCAGUUUGCCUUCUCCUACUUCUACUAUUUAAUGGGCGUCACUAGGAACAGGACGGCAGAGGAGAUAUUUGAAGAACUCGACACAGAUCACUCGGGGGUUCUGUCAGACAGAGAAAUCAGGACCCUGGCCACCAGGAUGAAUGACCUGCCCCUGGAUCUACAGAUGUUGACUAAUCUUGAAGAGGUGUUCAUCAACUGCAGUCUCUCUCCAAAUGUCAGUACAGAGGUACCCCGAGGGCAGGAGCCCGAGGACUACUACGACAAGAGAAUGCCUCAAGUCACAUGGUCUCUAUUCACUCAAUGUCAAGGAGUCAAGGACAAAAUAAAGAAACAUUUUCCUCCAGUCAACAAAUACAGAUAUAUAACAGAUGAAGACAGUGAAAUAGCAUUCAAGAUGAUUAAAACAAAUGGCUCCACAGUGGUGGGACAGCUGGAUGAUGUACGAAAAAAUCCAAAGAAAUUCAUUUGCCUUAAUGACAACAUUGAUCAUGAAAGUGAAGAUGCAAAAACUGUAAAAGCCAUACUUCACGACUUUUAUGAGUCUGUUUUUCCGCUCCACUCUCAGUUUGAGCUUUCUCUAGAAUAUCGGAAUCGUUUUAUCCAUGUAGAUGAGCUGCGAGAGUGGAAGGCGUACAGGGAUUGGAUGAAGCUUCUGACCCACAUCUCUAUCAUAUUACUUGUACUAUUAAUUGUCUCGUCUUAUUUCUCUGAUCAAAUUGAGGCAUGCUAUAAGAAGUACUGCCGGCGGCGGAGGGGGUCCUCUCCCCCCGAGGACUCCCCGCCCCUCCCCACCCUCCGCAUGGUCACGGUUUGACGGUGGCUGCUCUGGCUGAUCACGCCAGACAUUCUAAUGGUGCCCAUAGUCCUCCUCAUGAUAGUGCUCCUCUGUCUGUUUGUGGCAGAAGGUUAUUAUUUUAGAUGAACGAGUGAGCCACUCCCUCUCUCCUGAUCUCUGCCCCGAUCUCAAUUGAUACAUAUCAGGUGACACUGUGUAAAUGUCCAACUGCGGUAAAGGUAAAAAAUUAUUCUGGUUCAGGCAUACUAGUAAAGGAAUCUAAUGAUUAUCCUUCUCAGUUGUGGUUUAUAUGCCUAAUCAGUUUCAUAAAAAUCGGAUGCAUGUAGUUUGAGUCAAUUAGUUUGGAGAAGAGGGGGACUUUUAUGUUAUUGGCACCAUUUUUUAUGUCUGUGAUCGACCAGAGCGAGAAAACAAACCAUUAUCUUCAUUGUCUUAUCAUUUUUUGAGUCUUAUUUGAGAUAUUAAGUUGAACAAAUCUCAUUUUGAAAUUUUUGUUCUGGGUAUUUGUGUGUUUACAAGUUGUGAUACUCUUAGAUGUAAUACAUAUGCAUAAAAAAUGUUUUAGCCAAAAGAGACUAAUUAGGGCCCAUGUAAAUUAAAUCUGUAUCUCUGUUUUAUUUGUUUAAAUUAUCAACAAACAGUGUUGUGGGUUUUCUUUUACAUAAAGUUUUUUUUUAAUUAAAACAGAAAACUCCCAUGUUGAACUUCUGUGACUUAAUCAUGAAAGCAAUAUUUUACUUAUAAACACUUGUGUGGAUUUACAAACUUGCAGUUUUGACCUGUUUUAUACACAUAGAUCAAACAUGAAGACAAACCUUUCACCAUUUUAUGCUAAUUCAACUUGACCACAACAUAAGCUUGGGUCCUACAGGGUGUGGUCAACUUGCAGUCAGUAAUUAUCAAACGCAUCUUGUUUUAAUUUUAAUUAUUGGCCGUGCAGUACCACUGCUAUAUUGUUUUUACCUGCUGUGAUUUAUUACAGGUACAUGUAGCCAUUGUCAUUACCAGUUCUGUUAUUCUAUGAUACAAAUCAUAGUAUUAUAUUACUACAAAGUGUAAUGUUCCUGCCGUUUGUAACACAUUCCGCAAUGAGUUUUAGUACUUACAUGUCAGUACUUUGAUUUACAUAUUUAGAAAGCUAUGUUGAAAGGUAUUAGCAUUUGUUGUCUUAUCAUGUAUAGCUCAAAGUUAUACCAUCUCUGUAACUAUUGUCUCUUCAUUGGACAUUGUUCAGCAAAAAUGGGAUUAAAUGGAUUGAGUUGUGUAUGAUAUAUGUAUGUAUUAUAAUGUAUGAAAAUUUAAAUGUGACUGUUUUAACAAUAUUUUAUUUGUGUAAGAAAUGUGUUAGUUAUGUAUACAUGAACAUGAACAUUAUUGAACAUAUUUUGAGAGAGAUUGUAAAUUAUUACUAUUGCUCAGAGAUGUGUCUUCCCCUGAGAUAGUCUCUCUGACUUGCUAAGAGUAUCUUUCUAUUGAAUUUAAAACAAGGCUGAAAAUUUUAAAAUCUGACAGUCGGGUAGAUCCUCCAAUCUCAUUGAUAAUACUCACAUGGAGGCUCUGCCAAGCAGAGAGGUGUCCCGUUUACAUCUUGUUUUCCAUGUACAAUUUACUGGUAAAAGUGCUUAUACUGAUGGAAGAGCUCAGUAUGUUGGGGAAAGUACUGACUAGAAAUCCAACUUAGAUAUGGUGGGGAUCAAAUAUACAAAGUUGUUAUUUAAGAAAUAAACAUCGCUUAAAGUCA